GGGCCGGGUUGAGUGUUGGUGAAUGGUAAUGGCUGUGUAAUCCUUGAAAUGACCUGAACCGAACCAUGUUUAUGUUGAGUUAUAAAUAAUCCCAAUUUGAGGUUGUGUCGGUUUUCAAAACAAUCUCUUCAUGGCAUCCCAGGCAAGCCUUCUCCUUCAAAAGCAGCUCAAAGAUCUUUGCAAAAACCCCGUCGACGGCUUCUCCGCCGGUUUGAUAGAUGAAAACAACAUUUUUGAAUGGAGUGUUACCAUAAUUGGACCACCCGAUACUCUCUACGAGGGAGGAUUUUUCAAUGCUAUCAUGAGUUUCCCAUCCAAUUACCCAAAUAGUCCACCUUCAGUGAGAUUCACCUCAGAGAUAUGGCACCCCAAUGUAUAUCCUGAUGGCCGGGUUUGCAUAUCAAUUCUUCAUCCUCCUGGUGAGGAUCCAAAUGGUUAUGAGCUUGCAAGUGAGCGCUGGACACCUGUUCAUACAGUAGAGAGUAUAGUAUUGAGUAUCAUAUCGAUGCUUUCCAGCCCUAAUGAUGAAUCUCCCGCAAAUGUUGAAGCUGCAAAGGAGUGGAGAGAUAGGAGAGACGAUUUCAAGAAAAAGGUUAGCCGAUGUGUAAGAAAGUCACAAGAAAUGUUGUGAUUUGUCGCCUACACGUACACCGCAUAGUGCUUUUGUGAACUGGAGGACAUAUAAUGUGUAAUGGAUUGGUUCACCGGUUCUGUUGACCGUAUAAGAAUGGCAUUGGAAGUUGUCCACAUUCCUUCUUUCUUCAGUUCCAUGUUCUCUGCAUGGCCAUUUGGCAUAACUUGGAAAACAAUCUGUAUUCUAAGUGUUUUGGCCGGUCUUUUGACUACUUUAUUGGAAAUUUACUUUGUUCAUUCGCAUAAGUUUAUAUUUGGGUUUCUUAUCUAAAAAAAGGUUUAUAUUUGA